AUGGUAUAAUGCUAUAAGCAUUAUACGAUGACCUUUGCCUUUGAUUUGUUUUCCCAGAUUAAUGAAAAAUAUACAUUUGAACCACAAAUUUGUAUGUAAUUUAGUUCUGUUCUCAUUGAAUACGAGUAGAUAUCAUUGCUUCAAAAAUGAUUAAGGGUGCAGUGAGUCUAGUUACUGGAGGUGCAUCAGGCCUGGGAAAAGCCACAGUUGAAAGGCUAGUUCAGCAAGGAUCAAGAGUAGUUCUUUGUGAUCUCCCUGCCUCCAAAGCUAAUGAGAUAGCAAAAAGUAUUGGUGAGGACAAAGUUAUUUUUGCUCCUGUCAAUGUAACUUCCGAAGAAGAUGUUAGCAAUGCUUUAUCGCUGACCAAAGAAAAGUUUGGCAAACUCGAUAAUGUCGUUAAUUGUGCUGGAAUCGGCGUAGCUUUUAAGACAUAUAAUUUUAACAAAAAGGCACCUCACAAACUGGAAGAUUUCAUGAAAGUCGUAAUGACGAACACCAUUGGAACUUUCAACGUGAUCCGACUAUCAGUAGGAUUGAUAGGGGACAACGAACCUGAUAAAAAUGGAGGAAGAGGUGUUAUUGUUAACACUGCAAGUGUAGCUGCUUUUGACGGACAAAUGGGACAGGCAGCAUAUUCGGCCAGUAAAGGUGCUAUAGUAGGAAUGACUCUACCCAUCGCAAGAGAUUUGGCAAGUCAAGGGAUUAGGGUGGUAACAAUUGCUCCGGGUUUGUUCAAUACACCGUUGUUCGAAAAUCUGCCAGAAAAAGUUACCGCAUUUUUAUCAAAAUCAGUUCCAUUUCCUCAGAGGUUAGGGUAUCCUGAUGAAUUCGCCCAACUGGUUCAGAGUAUAAUUGAAAAUCCCAUGUUGAAUGGAGAAACAAUCAGAUUGGAUGGCGCUCUGAGGAUGCAACCAUAAACACUGCUCUGAUGACUGAAAGAAAAAGAACACGUUUUAUGAUUUGUUUUAAUACUGGUUUUGUAAAAACGAAUAUAUUUUAUAAUUCAAGAACAGAUAGACUUAAAAUGGAAUGUUGUACCUGAGUGAGGCAUUAAAUGGUUCUUUUCCCAAGAAA